GCGGUACGAUUGCGCCGCAGACCUCUGCAUUUUCGAUUUGUCGCAAAACCCCGACGAGUCGUUGGGAAGGAUUUCCGAGACCAUCCCGACUUUGACCACGAAGUCAUAUCGAUUGUGGGUUCUCCGUCUGCGCCGCUGGCUUCUACCGGUGGAGUUGGCUUGGGCGCGUGGGUACCCAGUGACGCCCGACGCCAUUCGCGACGCCCGCGCUUGCUUGGCGAGGGGGCGGCGCCGGGAGUUCCUUCGAUUGCACGCCUUGGCAAUUGCAUGCACAUGGCCAAUGUCGGCGCCGUGGCGGCAAUCGUCCUCGCUUGCGUCGGGCGCGCAUGAACUACAUCUGAUGUGCUACGCCUCGCAGCAGAACCGCGGCGCUGAGCUGCUCCGGCGGGGCGCGCCGAUGGCCGCGCGCGACCGCUUGGGGCGCGCGCCGCUGCACUGGAGCUGCGCGAGGGGCGACUUCGACAUCGCCCAGGCUCUGGUGGAGGCGGCGGCCGACCCCCCCCCCCUGGCGGAGGCCGCGGCGCACCGCGGCGGCGAGACGCCGUUGGAGCUUGGGGCGCUGCAGGGCCACGUCGGCGCGUGGUGAGGUACCUUAUCGAGGAAAGGGAGCCAAACGACAACAUAAAGAUACAACUCGGAGGUCCGCGCCGAUUUCCUGGAUCGGCGCUGGACCCCCCAUCCCCGGGGGCGGCGAGGGACCGCCGGGGGGUCCAGCGCCGAUCCAAGAAUUCCGCGCGGACCUCCAAAAAGUUCAUGCCUUGGUCGCGUCUCCCUUCCUCGAUGGGUGUGGAGCGCGAAGUGCUGGAGCAGCCGUUGCCUUCCUCGAUGGGCGUGGAGCGCGAGGUGCUCGAGCAGCCGCUGGGGGCAGCGUGCAGGCUGAGGUCGCCGAGCUACUGGGGCCGCCUGCUCCAGCAGGCGGAAGGCGGUCCGGCGAGCGAGGCAUCGCGCGCCCCGGCGCCGAGGCGAGGGGCGGCAUUCUGGCCGCUCGCCUCGCGCCGACUUUGCAUUACCCUGGUCCUCCUUAUGCUCGCGUGCACUAUCCUUCUCACCAGUUUCCUGCGACUCUCUUUCCCUCCCCUCCUGGCCCGCUGGCCUUGACCAUAGCCUUCUGGCGCUUGUCGAGCGCCUGCUUGUCGGUGCCCAUGGUGGUCGAGAUCUCUUUGCGCUUGCCCUGCGGGGGAGGGCGCAGCGCUCGAGCUUGCGCGUGGGCCCGAGCAGCGGUGCAGAGGGAAGGUGGGAGGAAGAAGU